AUGGAAGUUUUCAAUACUAAUGACCACAGGAAAAGUGAAGUCAAAGAUAGUGAAUUCGUACCACAAGAAAUAUUGGGCGAAUACAAAUAUGAAGAGAAUGUCAUUGUAACAAGAGAAAAUAUCGCAGAAGAAGCAUAUGUUGAAAGUGAGAAACACAAAAAUAAUAGGAAGGUAAUUGAAAAACCAGAAGAAGAGUCCUUGCAAUUGAAUUUAGAGAAAGUUCCACAUGACAAGGUAUAUGAAUAUUCUAAAAAUACGACUAUUCUAGAACAAUUAGAUGAUGGACAUAGAGAUGGUGAAGAUGCAGCAAUGACAGAACGCUACAAAAAUCACCUCUUAGACUCUAAAAAUGAUUUGUUCGGUGCAACAGAGCAAGAUUUAUCCAUCGCACGUUCAGUUGAGUAUGAGUCAAGUUUGUCAAUAAAAAAAGAUACUGGAAAUUAUCAAGAAUUAGUACAAGAGAACGAUUCAGACUGGAAACAAUCUACAAGAUAUUCUAGAAUAGGUUCUGAUGAUGCUGGCUUAGGGUUUGGAUUUGGAGACACAACAAAACUAAAGCAUCAACCUUUAGAAGAACCUAAUAAUGUAAAACAAGAACCUUGGAUUCUGACGUCUAUGCAAUGUACGCCAUUGCAAUAUGAGGAGCAAUCGAUAAUAGGAAGUACAAAUGGUAAAAAAAAGUGUAAUGAAGAUGAUAAUGAGACCGAGAUUGAAGAAAGCAAAACACGUUUGAUCAGUAAUGAAGAGACCGACAUCAUAAAUGAAAUGGCCUAUGAGCAACAAGAAAACAAAGUUGCAUUUAAAAAAUGCGACAGGACUUCUGAACAGGUCUUAAACAUGGGUGAAAUAAAACAAAUCAAUGAAGUAGAGAAAGAUAAUGUCGCCAACGUGGAAGCCUUACACUCUACAUCUGACGAUACAGACAUGAAAGAUUGUGGCAACAUAACAGAAAGUCACAAUACUCUUAUUAAUAAAGAUGCCAAAGAAAUUGUCCAAAUUGCCAUUGAAAAAGCGUUGGUACACACAAACAAGCAUUGUGAUUCUCAUAUUUCUACAGGCUUAACAGGAACUGAGAACGGAGAUAAGGUGAUUUUAGAAAAAGAUGAACCUGAUUGCUUGGAGGAAAAGUAUGAGCUUAUGGAAUUUGAGUUGUUUGAGCAAUAUAUGAAAGAAAAAGAAUUAAGCGUAGUUGCAGAUGAGUAUCAAUCUAAGCAUGAAAAAACUCAGGAUGAAGAGUCUUACAAGCCUGAAAGACCACAUCUUACUUCACAUUUAUCAAUAAUUUUAGAAGAGCCACCAUUAAAGAAUAAAUUUGUUGCUGAUUUAUGUUUACCAGAUCAAAAAAUCACACCAAACCCUGUUCAUGAUCAACGCGAUGACGAAAAUUUUAAAAAAGAUAAACCAACUAUAAUAGAUGAUAAGAAUAACUCCCAAAAUUUGACAGAAGUGCUUUCAGAAGAUGAAUCGAUGUCAAUAUGUUCAUCUCAACAAAAUUACCCAGGCGUUGAAGAGGAUUCUGUUAUGAUUGACACUGAAUAUAAUACCAAAAUGGUUUAUACUACAGCAGAAUUGUCAUAUGAGAACGAACGAGAACACAAUAAAACUGUACAAGAUAAGAAAGAGUAUAUGAGGUUUGAGUUGAAUGAAAGCAAUAUAAAGGAGGAAAUAGGGGAAAUAUCAAUCACAAAAAACAAAACAGAAGAAAUCAAUGAAAGUUUAUUAUUUAAAGAUGUUCAAAACUGUACUAAAAUUGACUCAAUAGAUUCUGAAGAUUUGCAAGUUCUGUUGGAUACACCUUUUGAAGAAGAUGUAAAAAAGCAAACAUCACCAAGGACAACAAGCAAAAUAAAUGAAAUUCAGCAUACCAUUGUUCUGUCCACUGUAACAUGCUAUGAUGCUGAACCACAUUGUAACAAUGAAGGUAUGAUGUUUGAAAAUUUUUUUAAUGAAAAUAGAGAAGAUCAUGCAAUCUUAAUGCAAAAUUUAGAUGAAGAAUUUAAAACUGAUAUGAAACAUGAUAGUCAUGAUGUUAUGAAAACUACAAAAGGCACUUCUCAUGCAAUCGGUGAAAUCGAAGAAUGUAUCAAGAAAGAUAACAAUAUUCCUUCAUUUAUCAAAGCUCAAGAACAAAAAAGUACAUUAUCAAAUGAAGAAUAUAAAGAAUCAUGUGUGCAUAACAAUGCAGCACAAUUAGUUUUUAAUAUAUUGGAAAAUGUAACUAGAAAGGAGAAGGAGAAUCUUAAAAGAAGUGAGAACAACAAAGAUUAUAUUGAAAAUCAUGAUGAUCAAAUUUUUGUUUCAUUCAAGAAACAAGCAAGGCAAGAAGAAUUUCCACAAGUAAAUAACAAUGAAACAAGUCAGGAAGAAAUGUUUGUGGAAGAUGUUUCUGAUGUGCUUAAUUUAACAAAUAUCGAACUACCUGCAGAAGAGUUUUCUGAAAAAAUUUCACAAUCAUCAGAAGAAUCUCUUAAAAUCGAAGGAAACACGUUCCUUAAUAUUGAUGAAAACUCAGCACAGACUGAGUCAACGGAGUAUAGAGAAACGAUGAAUUUAUCAAUGCAAGAUGAAAUGGGAGAACAAACACCUACAGUUGAAAAAACUAACAAAAAUAGUGAUGAAAAAUAUAUAAAAGUACAAUCCGUUGAAGAGAAGUCUGAUUCUAAAAAAAUCACAACUACAAAUAUUACUGGCAAUGGAGUACGUGAAGCGGUUUUAAGAAAAAAAAUUUAUACAACAGACUUAAACAGCAAUGUUUGUUUUCACCCAAAGGAUAUUGAAGCUGAGAAUGAUAAAUAUGUAAAAGAAGAUUUUGAUUCACGUAAAAAAAGUAUAGUUGAGGAGCAAGCGUAUGCUUUAGCAAGUGAGCAGACUCAAGAUACUAUUCUGUAUGUUCAAGCUGCAGAGUUGGUUAACUUCGUCCUGGAAGAAGUAAUCCUAGAUGCUGAAAGAUCAUCCCACGCAAAAGAUGACCAUAAAGAGCAUGCAGAUUUUGAUGAUAAAAUUUUCACUUCAGGAACAAGGCAUGAAGAUUCAAUCCAAGUACUCACAAUGACCAAAGAGUUUCAAACAAACGUCAUGAUGGAACACAACAAAUGUCGUUAUAUUCAUUACUCUGAGGCAUUGAUAUGGUCUGAUAAACUUGCCGAAGAUGCUAAGGUAUGGGCUCUCCACUUGGCUAAUAAAGGAUGCCUUAAACAUUCAACUUCUAUUAACCAUGGAGAAAAUUUAGCUUAUUCGUCUGGGUUACUAAGCGGCUAUGAUUUAUCUCAUCUCUGGUAUGACGAAAUAAAACACUACAGCUAUAUCAAACCUGGUUACACAACAUCAACAGAGAACUUUACUCAAAUGGUGUGGGCAGAAACACGUAAGAUGGGUGUUGGAGCAGCAGUUAGCAAGGAUGGAACUACUUAUUAUGUUGCAAGAUACCAGCCUCCUGGAAAUAAGCUUGGUUGCUUUGAUAUAAAUGUCUCCUCUCCACGUAAGAACAUGCUGGAUGGCAGACAUCGAAAGAAGAAAUCGAUCUCUUCACCAGAAAUCCCUCAAAGCAAAAAAUGACAACAUCAAGCAUGAAUGUCUUGUAACGCACAAUUUUCUCCGCUAUCAACACGGAGCUGCUGA